AUGAUGGUUCUUAAGAAGAAGGAUCUGAACAACAACGCAAACCACUCAGUCACAACAACAGUCAUCCCUACAAAAGCGACGAAGGACCGACUCCUAUCGGUGCAGCCUGUCUACCACUCACCAGACAUCAAUUCCUCCCCCUCAUACGGGCUCCAGGUUGGGCAACCAUUCGUACAAGACAACGGUCCAGUUCUGAAUAUUCCUGACUACGAGGGGUGGAACGCGGCCUUCACCGUGGGCCCGCAGACGGCCUACCACGUACUCGAUUCGAUCCGUGCGGCAUUCAACUUCAAGGACAAAAUCGGCCUCCAGCCUAACGCCAGAACGGUACUGUACGGGUUCUCCGGUAGCGCGUAUGCUACUGAAUGGGCUUCCGAGAUGCGGCCCAGUUGUGCCCUCGUUCUGACCCAGAUUGUUGGUGCUGCCAUGGGGGUCCUCCUCCCAACAUUACGAACACCUACAUCUACUGUGAUGGGGGAGAUUGGGCAGAGCUGA